ACGCAGGCAGGCAGUGCAAUGAGCCUUAAGAUCAGCGACCUGUGCAACUGCAGGGAUCGAGAACUCAAAAAUCCUAUUUCAGCGGUCGGCGCCUUCCACUUGGUCUUGGUCUUGCCACCAAACCAUGGUAUAAAGGCGCAAUCCUGUGCGGGGUAACGUCUGUACAUUCCCUAAAUCAUACUCCUCCCCGAAGCAUUUGACUUAUAUUUCGCUCAUUCGGCCAUCUCACUUAGUCACUUGACCUCUAGCAAACGUUAUGCACAGUAAUCAUGAUAGCGUUGGCUCCCUCGGUGCAGAGGAUCAAUUAAUUUCUCUGCGAAGGCAGAUUAAUGAAAUAAAGGAGCACAUCGACUUGCUCAUGCUGCAAAGUGCCAUCAUACGGGAGCGAAGGUGCCUCUUUCAGCAUCAACAAGAUAUCACACCGCUUGUGAUAACGGAACAACUGGAUUCUACGUCCGCGGAAAUCAGCUCUGUCGAUAUCCUUGACAUAAAGCCUGAGACUAGUCAGGAUUCUACUGUAUCAGGUCCAUCUUUGGCAUUGAAGGGCGCAGCCGACUUCCCGGCAUCUCGCCCCCGAUCAAAAUCAAUUGUGAAGACUAUCCCUCCUGACAAUACCGUUGCCCUUCAACUACCCACACAAUCUCAGCGCAGCACGUCUAAGCUGGGCGCCAUACCUCGCAGAUCUAAGCCAGGACGUCGUGAAUUCCAGGGAAGGUCUGCACGGCAUGAACCUCCUGCUUUGUUUCAGGGGUGGGCGGAUGCCUUAUGUUAAGAAAGUGAUCCGUCAGAGCACCUGAGCCGGUACUACUUCAAUAUAUCAUACUUGUCAUUGUACGUCACUUACCUAGUUACGAUUAUUUUUUCCUUCUUGCUACUUAAGACAGCUGAACUCUGUCGUCGCGCCUCAGUCUCUCUUACCAUUGACUGAGGUGCGUAUAUUUCCUAUUCUACGGUACAUGGUGUUUACUAGCUUAUCUCUAGGCUCGCGCUACUUCAGCUCUUACCUUUUGACACCUUAGUUUGAAUGAUCGAUAUUAAUAUUGAUGACAUUGAAUACGC